CAUUACUUGAGUUUCUUUUGUUUGCUCUUCAAAAUACACCUUAGACAGACUUAGUUAGUUUCACGCACCGGCAUGUUUUAGGACACCACAGUUAGUUACGUUUCUAUAGACUUUCGCCUGGUUUUUCCAAGUCAUUCGUUAAAAGCAAAAAAAUUCCAAGCAGUUCCAAAAAGUGGUCUGAGCAACAGGCAAAUAAAAAUUCAGUUCAAAUAUUCUAUCCGAUUUGGUGAAUUUUCAAAGCAAAAUUAUUCGAGUCCCAGCAAAAGCCAGCAGCUUUUCCAACAAUUCAAGGCAACCCGCCAAAUUCCACUACCUGAAAACUGAGAACUCAAGACCCAAUAUCCCUUGAACCCUUCGUUUGAGUCGACUAGGGCUUCACCAUGAAACCCGACCAGCUGAACCGACUGAUCAGAGUUAAUACGCGAAUGCAACCCUGGUUUUUGCGCAACACCAGCGAGCUCUACGAAAGUGCCGUUAGGACCUAUUACGAACGUAAGUACUCCCCAGACAAUCGCCACUCCCGUUUUCGGGCGGAGAACGUGGGUCCGUUGCGCAGGGUCAAGAAAUCGCAGGAGGUGCCCAGUCCGGCCGAGAUCUAUCCGCGCAGCCAUGUCCUGCAGGCGGACCAGCUGCUCCACACGAUGAAGCAGGCGAGUCAGCCGCGCUCCAUGUCCUUCUCGGCGGCUCGUCCCUACGCCUCGGCCUACGGCCCAGGAUUCGUGGGCCGCAGGAACGGCAGCUCGAGCUGCUCCAGCGCCAGCAGCAGGCGAUCCUCCCGCACCGAGAUCAUGGUGGGUUCGCUGCGGAAGAGCAAGGCGCGGCGGGAGCGCAAGAGGUCGCUGCAGAAGAGCAGGGACUCCUCCAGGGAGGACAUGGGAGGCAUGUUCAGUGCCCGGUCCAUGAGCCUGCCUCCCCUGCCCGCGAUGAUGCCGCCGAGCAGGCAGCACCACAUGGCGGCCAUGGCCAAGACGGCUCUCUCCCAACCCACGAGAGUUCCGCGCGGCGAGGGCGACUGCCUGAUGCCGGUGGAUGCGGCCCUCAAGCGGAGGAUCUCGGUGCUGAGUCAUCUGGAGUCAUCGGGCAGAAGCACUGGCGGCCGCCAACCGUCGGAGAUGCGCUUCCGCUUCCAGACUCUGGGCGAUCGCGUCAAGCAGUUCGAGUACAUUCAGUUCGCCGACGGACCCGUGGCCACCUACGCCUUCAAUCGGAGCCAGAGGAGACCCAUCACCAGCACCGCCCAUUCGCCGAGGAGUCGCCUCGAGGACUCGGCGGACAUCACCGCCACCCGCCGUCUGGAUGUGAGGCAACAACCGCGCCACCUCAGCUUCCACAAUGUCCUGCACGCCAACUACCGCCAGAGGAGCCGGAGCCUGGAGUCCGGAGCGGUCCAGCUGAUGGAGUCCCUGUCCCUGGCACCCUUAACGCGACCCGAAACUCCAUUAGGUCCUCGGGGAAUCGGGGAAUACACACGGGGAUCCAGCCUGGACAGCAGUUCGCGGACCAGCCUGAAGACCGGAACUUCGACGGUAACUUGGUCGAAUACUUUGGGAAGAAAUCCAGACGAUCCGGGCAACAGAUCGGCGGUCAACUUUGGAUAUUCAAAGAGUUCAGAAGAAACGUCGGGCGAUUGGGAUGCCAAGCCGGGAGAGGAUUGGUGCAAGUACCCCAGAUCGAGCAGCUCAUUGGGAACAGGUUUCGGAUCAAAUUUAACACUAGCUGAAACAACAAGUAGGGGAAACUUUGGAAUCUCUUCUGGACCAGAGAAGAAAAUACGCUCGAUUGGGGAAACAAGUGGAGGUGAAGCUUCGGGAUCUACAGCAGGAAGUUCAGAGAAGUGUAAAGCGGAAACUGGAUCGUUUUCCGGAAAAGAUGAGCCCAGUCGAGCCACCGUGGCCCCAGUGCGUCGUCUGCAAUUGCAGCAGCGAAGUCUUCAGACCUCGGCCAAAGUGGAGGAAGAGCCGAUUACCCCUUUUGAGGUCAAGAAUAAGCCCGUGGAGAAGAAGAUGAAGCUGGUGAGCCAGCAGGACAAGCCGCGGGUGACCAAGGUGAUCAGCAAUCAGGUGAGCCGCUCCAGCCAUCGGUCAUUCUUCCAGCCAUCCGAAGAGCCUGACCUUCCGGCGGUUCAACCUCCCCAAAGCAAAGUUUCCAGGGAAGAAAAGCCUCAGAAGAAGCCGCAAAAAGAGCAGAAACGGGAGCCCUCCCUCAAAGGAGCCAAUCAGCUGCUGGUGGCGAGUGCAUCGCAGGUUUCGGCCUACAAGCGUGCCUUCCGCACCCAGCAGCAGGUGCUCAAGGCGGAGAUCCUUCAUCAGCAGGCGCAGCACCUUCAGCAAUCCGAGAAGAAUGAGCCGACGGAACAGGCUAAGCAGACUCCCAAACUACGGAGCCACCGAGGUUCGAUCCCGAACACCAAUCGAUCGACGAUUGUCAGAGGAGCUAAGGCUCCUCCGCUGACUAAAGGAGUAUCCAAACCGGGGGCUGGAACCAAGGGAUUGGAACUGAAAAAGAAAGCAUUUCAGGAAUUGCCGGUGAAGACAAAAGCGGCUCCCGUAACAGCGCACUUAACAGCAAAGCGGACUGCGCAAAUGACUGCGGCCAAAAAGGGAUCAAUGAAGAUGGAAACCUCAACAGGAGGAGGAGGUGGGGGAGCGGUAGCGGGACGGCGAGCGGUAACAGAACCCGCGGUAGCAACAAAAACCCGCCGAUCGGCGCUGACGCUGGCUGCGCAGCAGCAGCAGUCGCGUAGCGGUAAUUCGCUGCUCGGCUUUCGUCGCGAAACGGUUAACCGCGCAGCGGCAGCGCUGCUGCAGCGACGCGACGCCGACGAGCCGCUGUCGCAGUUGCCGUUGCAGUCGCAGUCGCAGUCGCAGUCGCCGUCGGCACAGCAGCGCCGGCAAUUUCAUUUCCCCCAUCCCCCGUGGCGUCCCAGCUACUGAGUGUUCACUGUCCGCCUACAUUUUCGACACUGCGAACCCGCAUUUACCAACUACCGCGGUAAUUGUCCCAAAGUAGAGAGCGUGAAAGAGAUAAAUUUGAUUGUAACGGUAAAUCUAACACUACAAUAAAAUGUAUAA